ACUUAGUACAUCUUUGAAACCAUACCACAUUAAAACCACUUAUUCACACAUAUAAAUACACCAUACCACAUUCCACUCCCUAAACACCAUCACCACAAUGGAAAACCAACCAACCAAACUUCACAUUGCUGUUUUUCCAUGGCUUGCUUUUGGUCACAUAUUACCAUACUUCCACCUUUCAAAACUCUUAGCUCAAAAGGGUCACAAAAUUUCAUUCAUUUCAACACCUAGAAACAUCAAACGUCUCCCUAAACUACCAACAAAUUUACAAACUUCAUUGGAAAUGAUAGAACUCCAACUUCCACGUAUAGAUCAUCUUCCUGAUCAUGCAGAGGCUACUUUGGACAUUCCACGUCACAUUACUCCAUAUCUCAGGAAAGCUUUUGAUGGUCUUAAAGAACCUCUAACAAAGUUUUUAGAGACAUCAACUCCUGAUUGUAUUAUAUAUGACUUUACACCUUAUUGGUUACCACAAAUAUCGUCUAAGCUCGGCAUCUUUCAAGUCCAUUUCUCAAUUUUUUGUGGAUUAAGUUUGUAUUUCUUUGCGAAUUUAUUCGUGAUGAAGUCAGGUGAAAGACACUUUGAUAAAUCUAAAUUAAAAGCAGUAGCCUUGAAACCUUUUGAGGAAAAGUAUUUAUGUGAUAAACAUUUGGAAAAUAAUGAAUCCGGUGUUUCAGAUGCAUUCAGGUUCCAACAGACCCUUUUUGGAGCUGAUUUACUUGUUGUAAGAAGUUGCAUGGAAAUUGAAGGUGAGUCUCUUACAUUACUUGAAAAUCUCUACAAGAAACCAGUUAUUCCAGUUGGACUAUUACCACCUUCACUAGAUUUUAGUGAAGAUAUAAGUAAUGAUGAUGAUAAUUGGUGUAAAAUCAGCAAGUGGUUAGAUAAACAUGAAAAAAAUUCAGUGAUCUAUGUAGCAUUUGGAUCUCAGGUCGUUAUAAGUGAUGAAGACUUUACUGAGUUAACUAUGGGAUUAGAACUAUCUGGUUUUCCUUUUCUUUUUGUUCUGAAGAAGAAAAAUAGUGAUGAUAAUAGACAUGAUUGGUUUAAGAAACGAUCAAAUAAUGGUCUAGUGUGGACUAAUUGGGUGCCACAGUUGAGAAUCUUGGCGCACGAAUCGGUCGGAGGAUUCUUGACUCACUGUGGUUGGAGUUCAGUGAUUGAGAGUCUUGAAGUUGGUUGUCCACUUAUUAUGUUGCCUUUAGAAAAUGAACAAGGUUUAAAUGCUAUAGUUAUGGAAGAAAAAAUGGUUGGAGUGAAAGUAGCUAGAAAUGAUCAUGAUGGAAAGUUCAAUAGGGAUUCAGUGGCAAAGGCUUUGAGAUCAGUGAUGGAUAAGGAAGAAGGAAAGGUUUAUAGAAGUAAAGUUGAAGAGAUGAGUAAGAUAUUUGGAGAUAUGGAGCUGCAGGACAAAUAUAUUGAUGGUUUUGUUGAUUCAUUGAAAUUCCAUAUGCAUGCUUCUAAGCAUUAGUACAUGCGAUAUUAUUAGUUGAAUUUGCAUAAAAAAUUAUAAGCAUUUAUAAAUAUAAAUGUUUUUAUGUAAGUUAGAAGUCGUUUAAAAUAAGUGUCUUUAUGUAAGUUAAAAGUUGUUUUAAUAAGUUUACACAUAUAGUUUGUGGAAAUAUGUUAACAUGUCAUAUGUUAUUUUUAGAAACUUUCACUAAAAGACUCGCAAGUGCUUUUGUUAGUGAAUAUACUCAAAUAAAUCAAUCCAAAUAGAUAAUAUGUAAUCUUGUAUUCAUUCAUACCAUCUAAGAUUUUUAGUUAA